CUGGAGCCAUGGUUGGCUUCCCCGGGUCGGUCUGCAGUCUGAAUCGCUGGUUCCUUUUGCUGCUGCUGCUACUGAAUAUGCCCUUGCAGGUAAUUCUUGCUAUGCUAGAAUCACACUCCAGACAGAGCCAGAACCCCUCCGGCUGUACCCCUGAUGAAUACAGGUCUAAAGACUUCUGCUGCAAGCGGUGUCCUGCAGGUAUGUUUGUCCAGGAGCACUGCACGAUCCCCCAUACCAAAGGAAAAUGUGAGAGCUGUGAGCCAGGAAUGUUCACAAAGCAUAAUAAUGGCCUGGAGUCUUGUAUCCAUUGUUCCACCUGUGAUAAACCAGGCCAGGAAAUGGUGGCUGACUGCUCUGCCACCAGUGACCGGAAAUGCCAGUGCCAAACACAUUACUACUAUGACCCAAAAUGUCCAGAAUUGUGCCAACCAUGUACCAAGUGUCCCCAAGGAAUCCCUGUCCUCCAGGAGUGCAACUCCACAGCUAACACAGUGUGCAGUCGGUCUGCUUCGAAUAUAACAGGUCCCAGAAACCGGUUAUCACCUCUGAGCAUGCUAAUUAUUGCCUUUGUUGUCUAUUAUAUCAUAAGAAGAUAACGGUCCUACAGAUGUUGUCUUAGCUAUCAUUAUAUUGCUGUGAAGAGACACCAUUGAGGCAAAUCUUUUUCUUUUUGUGGGGUGGAGGGAGGCAGGUUUUCGA